AUUUCUUACCCUUGCGUAGGUAUAGGUGGUUGGGUAUCUAGUGGGUCCCUCCUACACGUAUAAGACAUAUAUAAAAUGCUUUGCUUCUCGAGGAAAUAGGAAGUUCCUAGAUUGAUCUCGUACCAAGUCAGACCCCCUUCGAUUCAGCUUCAUUCUAGCUACUUACACGUCCCUUCUUCGUCAUGUCUGACCCCAAAACCGCAAUUCCCAAGGGCUCUUGGGUCCUUGUUACCGGUAUCACCGGUCAUAUAGCAGCACAUACAACUAAAUUGUUUCUCGAACGUGGCUUCAGAGUCCGCGGCACGGUGAGAAAUGUAAAAAGCGCGGCAUGGCUCACUCAAGAUAUCUUCAAGUCGUUCGCUGACCGUGGUGAUCUCGAGCUCGUCCAUGUCCCAGACCUCGGUGCCGAACAUGCUUUUGACGAAGCGAUCAAGGGGGUCUCUGCAAUAGCUCAUAUUGCAUCGGUCCUCUCCUGGUCUCACAACCCUAACGAAGUCAUUCUACCAGUGGUCAACAGCGUAAAUUCGAUUCUCAAAGCUGCGCUAGACGAGCCCUCGGUAAAGUCAAUCGUUUACACUAGUUCCAUCGCCGCCGCAGUGGAUAUCACUCCAGGAGUGACUGCCCACGCGGGACCAGACACCUGGAACAACAGAGCCGUCGAAAUUGCUUGGGCUCCGCCGCCAUACACCCAGGAACGCUGGCACAUGAUCUAUCAGGCUAGCAAAGUCGAGGCAGAGAAGGCCCUGUGGGCUUUCGCCAAAACGAACAAGUCUCACUUUACCGUCAACGUCGUCAGCCCUGCAACUAUACUUGGCGAGGGUCUUACCAAGAGACACUUGGAACUCCCAUACCCAUGGAUAAAAAAUCUAUACGACGGAAAUGAAGAAAUCGGGGCCUUGUUCCAGGCGAUCAUCCACAUUGACGUCAAGGAUGUCGCGCUACUUCACGUUGCCGCAGUGUUAGACCGUGAAUGUGAUGGCGCACGGUUACAAGCCUGGGCUGAAUACUGCAAUAUGAACGAUAUUCUCGCCAUUUUGCGCAGGCUGUAUCCGCGGCGAAAGUUCAUGGAUGACUUCCCAAAUCAGACAAAGCUUAGUAUUACAACCGAUUACGAUCAACAACUCGCCUUGCUCAAGAAAUGGGGUGGUCAGGAUAGAUGGACUUCGCUAGAGCAGAGUGUUAUAGACGAGGUGAAAGGUGUUGUUAAUUGGUUCCCUAAGCAAUGAAAAGAACAUGGCGCCCGUACUUCUAGUAUAUAGGAAUAUUUCACAUAUUAGAAGUAUGCAUUUAUUAGUUAAA